AGAUUCAACUUCGUUAAAACUGUAGACGGACGAAACGAGUCUAGUUCAAUAGUUCCCAACAUUUUCACUACCAAGGACCCCUUUUAUUUAAAUGAAUUUUCCCACGGACCCCAGGAUAUUGAAAGAUCUGUCAGCUUAACAUGCUCACGGACCAAAGGUUGGGAACUACUGGUCUAGUUCAACGCGGAUGUUAUUGAUUGAUUCAUGAUCUUUAAAUACGUUAUGAAGACACUCGCUUUUUAAAUCGUUGCGCCUUUUAAACAUAAGUCUGUGGAUAAGGACUAACGUGGUGCUACACAACGAAAUUCAACAUGGGGUUGAACUUUUUUCAGAUCACACAAAAGCUAUUUCGCACAUCUUCCAGGAAAAUUUUGUAGGCAUUUAUAAAAGGCUACCACUUUACUGAGUAUCAUUAAUCAAUAGCGACCGCAUAACGAUUCCCUUGUCGGCUCAUACUUACAACCUUUAGAGAUCGUUUGUUAAAAUAGAAAACGUAUCUUCAAUUGAGAGAUAUAUGAUCAACAAGAAAGUGUCUUCAUAACAUAGUAUUCAACGUUGUACUUUUAGUGCCUUAAGUUACAACUGAUUGUGCAAUAUUAGGAAUUGACAUUUAGUUUCGAUUUUUUUAUAUGUAGAAUUAAAAUCCCGCUGAGGUUGACUUUUCCUUACAUCCUUUACAAUUAACUAGCGAAGGACUGGAGUCGAUUUAGUUGGCUAUCCCAGAUGGAAAUUGAAUUUCUUGAGCCUAGUUUCGAAAUUGCUGAAAUUCAACCAUAAAUUCUCAUUAUUCUUCCUCUUUGCAAGGAAGAUCGUCUCCUCAAGGGCAGAUAACUUAUAUUAAACAUGGCUGCUCCUGUAGUCGAUUGGCUUUGUGGAGAAUUGUCCAGAUUAGGGAUUGAAAUUACUGAAGAAAAUGCCAGGUAUAUUCUUACUAUUGACAAUGUCCACGAUGUUGAAGACUAUAUGAAAGAACUACUUGACACUUCUGAUUCCCGUGUACAGUUAUUUCUUAGUCAUUUUCUUAAACAAUGGAAGCAACCUGUGAUAAAACCACUUGCCAACUCAAAACAAUCUAUCAAAGAACCCAAUAGUUCUAAUAAUCGAGAAAAAACUCAGACACUGCCAUCUAAGCUUUCCAACAACACAGUAUCUCCCAAAAAUCUUCCGAGUAAGUUUUACCAAAAAAACAAAAGUGGAGAAGACUAUUUUGGGGGUACAACAAAAAAGACUAAGUCAAAGGGUGCUAAACCCAAAGUUCCUGAGCCAGUUUCAAAUAAGGUUCCUGAGCCAGUUUCAAAUAAGGUUCCUGAGCCAGUUUCAAAUAAGGUUCCAACAUCCAAAGAAUCACAAUCUAAUGGCACACAAGCUAAGACAACCAAUGAAAAUACCCUCAAAAAGAAGAAAAAGUUUGUAUCCCUCUACAGCAAUGAAGGUAUUGCACGAACUGUCGUCAAAUUACCUGGAAGACAUAGUUGUGAUUGCCAAGCACUAAAACAUGAUUUAGUUAAUAACUGUAUUGAAUGUGGUCGGAUUGUCUGUGCACAAGAAGGUGCUGGACCUUGUUUAUUCUGUGGCAACUUGGUGUGCAGUAAGGAGCAAGAAAAGAUUUUGGCUGAGGGUACAAAAAAAAGUGAAAAGUUACGGCAGAUCUUAAUGAAGGAUACAGACAAAGUAUUACAAUUGAUAAAUAACCAAAUUCUAAGACUUUCCACAGAAAAUGGUACCUGUUCUCAGUCAGCAGAACUGUCAAAAGCAGUCGAUUAUAAAAACCGUCUUCUUGAUUAUGAUAAUACAAGUGUGAAACGAACCCAAGUCAUUGAUGAUGAUGCUGACUAUUUUAGCUCUGAUUCUCAGUGGCUUAGCAAGUCAGAGAGGGAAGUUCUAAAGCGACGAGAAGAUGAACUACGAAAUAUUCGUUUUCAGUCAAGACGGGACCGUAAAAUAACUUUCGAUUUUGCUGGUAGGAGGAUAGUUGAUGAGGAAGAGGAAGCAUUUAAAAGUGGAACAAAUAUGUAUGAAGAAGAAAAGAUGAGAUCACAGACCCAAGCACAAGAGGCGCCAUCGUCGGUGAUUUCCAAAAACAAUGACAUUCCUUUAGGUGAACUUGUCAACCCUUCCAUCAAAGUUGCCGCACCAAAAUUUGUCCAACCAAAAGACAAGGUCUUUGAGUGUUCGUUUUCUAAAGCUGUUGAACAAGGAAAACGCUCAUCUAUUCGCUUACAAGACAGAGAGAUUCAGGAAAUGAGAGAUGAAGGUUAUUGUUUAAGUAUGCACCAACCAUAUGCUUCAUUACUUAUUGCAGGCAUCAAGUUGCAUGAGGGCAGAACAUGGUAUACUUCUCAUCGUGGAAAGUUAUGGAUAGCUUCAACGGCCAAGCCUCCACUCCAAGAUGAGAUUGACUCAUUAGAAAGCAGCUACCAUGCAAUGUAUAAAGAUACAGAUAUAGUGUUUCCUAAAUUUUAUCAACCUGGCUGUCUACUUGGUUGUGUAGAUCUAGUAGAUUGUUUAGAGCAAGGAGAUUAUCGAACCCAAUUUCCAGAUGGAGAGUCUGGCAGUCCGUAUGUAUUUAUUUGUCAAAAUCCAAAAGAACUUGUUGUGAAUUUCCCUAUUAAAGGAAAACAUAAAAUAUUUAAACUCGAUCCACACAUCCACCAGGGUGCCAAAAAAGGACUCCGCAAAAAUGUUUAUGAUGAAGGAUGAAUUGCUAACAUCAGUAGUCAUUCUAUUAUGCUUACAAUCUCUGCUGACAUUAACUGCAUAAAUGAUAUAUAUUGCAUUCAGCCUUAAAAAUUAAAACAACUGGGGAUCUACAUAAAAAAAUACAUUUUAUUUUUGUAUUCUAAUUAUAUUAAAUUUAUAGAUCUCAAGUCUGGUUUCCAAUGGUUACACUGUUUAUAUAUUUGUUUUGUUUGUUUGUUUGUUGUUUUUCUGGCAAUCCAAGAGAUAAAAAUAAAUCUCAACUCUAUACAGUUCAAACUGCCUGUUACAUGAGGUCUUGACCAGUUAUUUCUUGUUAUUUUAGUUUAGUUUACUCAUCUGUUUUAUAGAUGAGUUUUGUAUUGAAGAGGCUUUGCAGGUUUCUCUUAAACAUUAUAGUUCAUUAAAGUAUCACAGUUGUCAUUACUCAA